AUGACUGCUAACAUGACUUCCACUCAGUUUGUGUCAUCAAUGAAUGAAACAUUUUUUCCUCCAACAUUUUACAUUAGUGGACUUUACAACAUUCCACAUGCAAAGUACUACUAUGCAUUUUUAUGCUUUGUGUAUGCUGUGACUGUUUUAGGGAAUUCUUUUAUAAUGGGCACCAUCUACCUGGCACAGAGUCUACACACUGCAAAAUAUAUAGCAGUCUUCAACUUGGCCUUCUCUGAUCUGUGUGGGAGCUCUGCUCUCGUUCCAAAGCUUCUGGACAUGUUUCUGUUUGAUAACCAGUACAUAUCGUAUGGAGCCUGUUUGACCAAUAUGUUUUUUGUGUAUUGCUUUAUGACUCUACAGUCUCUUACUCUGCUUGUUCUGGCUUAUGACAGACUGGUUGCCAUAUGUUUCCCUCUGAGGUAUCAUGCUAUUGUAACCAAAACAGCUAUGAGUCUGAUCAUAGGUAUUAUGUGGAUUGUCUCUUUAACUGUAAAUGUUCUCGUGGUAUCUCUGAUUACCAGAUUGUCCUUUUGUAGAUCUACUACAGUUAACAGCUAUUUUUGUGAUCAUGCACCUGUUUAUAAAUUAGCCUGUAAUGAUAAAUCUUUGAACACCGUAAUGGUUUAUGUCUGCACAACUGCUCUGCUUUACAUUCCAUUGAUACUAAUAAUGACCACAUAUGUUUGUAUUGGUUUUGCAUUACGGAAAAUUGCACAUAGUGGUGAGCACAUCAAAGCUAUAAAAACUUGCACCUCGCAUGUCAUAUUAGUGGCCAUAUUUUAUGUACCAAUUGUUAGUAUUUACACUGCAGCUCUUACAACAUCUAUAGAUACAAAUAUCAGGAUAAUCAACACUGCUCUUACACAAACUAUUCCACCCAUGUUAAACCCAAUCAUAUACACUCUCAAGACAGAAGAGGUCAUGCAAUCAAUUAAAGUACUCUACAAACGAUCCAAGAUGAAGUCUGCAAUGAAACAAGCUGUGAGGAAUUAA